AUGGGAAAAGUAAAGAAGGUAGAGUCCAUACGCGAGAACACGCGGCUGGCCACCCGGUACGCGGUGCGCAUCUUCCGCGAGUACCUGAGCGAGAAGGCGCAGAGCCCCGACUUCGAGACGAUGGACAAGGCGGCCCUGUGCCGCGUGCUGCGCUCCUUCUACGCCGAGGCGCGCUCCAAGAGCGGGCAGCUCUACUCCAAGUCCUCCCUCAUCAGCAUCCGCAGCUCCCUCAACCGCUACCUCAACGAGCCGCCCUACUGCCGCACCCUCGACCUCACCAAGGACCCCGAGCUCCGCGCUGCCAACCUCACCCUGGCCGCCGUCAUCCGCAAGCUGGAGGAGCAGGGCGCCGGGCCGGUGGUCCAGAAGCAGGCCAUCACCCGCGCAGACCUCCGCAAGCUCUACACCUGCAGCGUCUUCAGCACCCAGAGCCCCUUCGGGCUCCUCAACAAGGUCUGGUUCGAGACCUGCAUGUACUUCUGCACCCGGGGCCGGGAGAACCAGCGGGAGCUGGAGGAGGACUCCUUUGGGCUGGCCGUGGAUGAGGACGGGCGCAAGUUCGUCUACUUCAAGGCGCUGGGGCCCUACCACAAGUCGCGCUCGUCUUCCUGGAGCAAGAAGCGGGCGGAGAGCAGCGACGAGGAGAACCUGCCCCGCAUGUAUGAGACUGGCACCGAGUUCUGCCCCUAUGCCAGCUUCGUCAAGUACCUCUCCAAGCGCAACCCCCUGUGCAAGGCCUUCUUCCAGCGCCCGCGGGACCACUGCAGCGAGGGUGACAUCACCUGGUACGAGAACAAGGCCAUUGGCAAGAACCUCCUGGGCACUCGCAUGCAGAUGCUCUCCAAGGCAGCCAAACUCUCCAAGACCUACACCAACCACUGCAUUGGCGCCGUCUCCAUUGCCACCCUCAACAGCAUCGCCGGCAUCGGCACCAAGCUGGGGGGGGUUGCGAACUUACAGAUGUUGGUAGCUGUAGAAUGCUCAGGUGUGGUGAUUUUCUGGCAUUCCUCUUGGGUGGGGGCGCCGAGCCCUCGGUGGCCUCGUCCUUCCUGCGGCCAGCCAGCUCGGGCUCCGGCAUGCAGGCACGCCGCAGGGAUGCUGGGCGCCGCUGCCAACAGCCUGCCGCUCCGGGCUCCGCGGGUCUCCUCGGGCUUUCCUCUGGAAAAGGAAACUGAUACCAUUGGCAAAAACUAA